CGCAAAAAAUAACAAUACAAUUACCGCUGACCACUAAAACAAUGGCCAAUAUAUUGAAGUUAAUGCGAUUACCGACAACUACUAGUAGGACAACAUUACCGAUUAUUACCGCCGGUGCCGCCAAUGGCCACUACACUAACACCAACACCAACAACAACAACAAGCACCCGAUCGGCUACACUGGCGGUCAUCGAUACCAACAGAUCAGACAAAUGGCCGGCAAAUGGUUUCCCGAUCGGGACUUCUAUCGGGAGAUUGAAGGUGCGAGACUGGCCUACGAAGACGAUAAAUAUCUGAUACCGGACGACAAGUCCCGAUGGGAAGGUUGGGUUAAUGUCCUCAAUCAACGUAAACCAGUUGAACGACACGUUCGGAAUGUUGUCCUCAAUUUUGGUCCGCAACAUCCGGCCGCACACGGCGUACUCCGGCUGAUACUGGAGCUGAAAGGAGAGUUGGUUUUGAGGGCCGAUCCGCACAUCGGACUGUUGCACAGGGCUACCGAAAAACUGAUUGAAUACAAAACCUAUACCCAGGCACUGCCCUAUAUGGAUCGGUUAGAUUAUGUGUCGAUGAUGUGCAAUGAACAAUGCUAUUCGAUGGCCAUUGAAAAAUUGUUGAACAUACAGGUGCCCAAACGGGCACAGUAUAUUAGAGUGAUGUUUGGCGAAAUUACCCGCAUAUUGAACCAUUUGAUGGGCAUCGGCACUCACGCCCUGGAUAUCGGCGCUCUGACACCGUUUUUCUGGCUAUUCGAGGAACGGGAGAAAUUAAUGGAGUUUUACGAACGUGUUAGCGGCGCCCGUAUGCACGCAGCCUACGUACGGCCGGGCGGUGUAGCCCAGGACUUACCGAUCGGCAUAAUGGACGACAUCUACAAGUGGGCCGAAACGUUUCCCGAACGAUUGGAUGAAGUCGAAGAUCUACUAACCGAUAAUCGUAUUUGGAAGGCCCGUACCGUCGAUAUUGGUGUCAUAUCGGCCGAAGAUGCCCUAAACUGGGGUUUCAGUGGUGUUAUGUUGAGGGGUUCGGGUAUCAAAUGGGAUCUCCGUAAGACACAGCCGUACGAUAGUUACGAAGAUUUUGAUUUUGAUAUACCGAUCGGUCUGAAAGGCGACUGUUAUGAUAGGUAUCUGUGUCGUAUGGAAGAGAUGCGUCAAUCCAUACGGAUAAUACACCAGUGCCUSAAUCGGAUGCCUGCSGGMGAGAUACGUACCGAUGACUGCAAAGUAGUACCGCCUAAACGAUCGGAAAUGAAGUCAUCGAUGGAGGCCCUGAUUCAUCAUUUUAAAUUGUUUACCGAAGGCUAUCAGGUACCGGCCGGUACUACCUAUACGGCCAUUGAGGCACCGAAAGGCGAAUUCGGACUGUAUAUUGUUAGCGACGGUACWUCCCGGCCGUAYAGGUGUAAGAUUAAGGCACCCGGUUUUGCCCAUUUGUCRGCMCUGGACUAUAUGGGCCGGGGUUUACUGUUGGCCGAUAUUGUGGCCAUUAUCGGUACGUUAGAUAUUGUUUUCGGUGAAGUCGAUCGCUAGUGGAGGACAGCAGCCGAUUAUCACCCGACCCGACCGUAUAGUU